AUGGCGCCGUACUUGGAAGAAGCCAACACAGACGUGCCGGUGCUGCCGGCCACUCACUCUGGCAUACCACCGUUUCUAUUAGACAAAGCCCGGGACGCCAAGAAGAGCAUCUUCGACACGCGGACCAAGCCUUUGAACGAGAGGCAGAGGCUCCCCGUUAUCCCUCAGGGCAUUGAUAGGGACAAAUUCUUUGAGGCGCUUGAUGACCUGCGCAAGGAGAUAGGGCAGGAGAAUGUGGAGGUGAAUGACAAGCCGUUAAAAGAUGGAUGGUAUAUGGAGCACCCCAACACCCAUGACAUGAUGACCAUCCUCGAUGAAGAGGAGCUGGUCGCAUCAGCCCUGGUCUACCCAGGGAGCACGGAGGAAGUGCAAAAGGUCGUGCGGUGGGCAAACAAGUACCUAAUUCCCAUCUUCCCGAUUUCCAUGGGUCGGAAUUUGGGCUACGGUGGAGCAGCCCCGCGCGUCCGCGGCUCCGUGACGGUGGACUUAGGUCGGCGGAUGAGCCAGAUCCUGGACAUCAACGCCGAGGACUACACGUGCCUGGUGGAGCCGGGCGUCUCCUUCUACGCACUCCACCAGGCGCUGCGGGACCGAGGGCUGGACGGCCACAUGUGGGUGGACACGCCGGACCUGGGUGGCGGAAGCAUUAUUGGCAACACGGUCGACCGCGGCGUCGGCUACACGCCCUACGGCGACCACUGGGCCUGCCACUCUGGACUCGAGGUCGUGCUGCCUACCGGGGAGGUGUUCCGCACCGGCAUGGGCGCCAUGGACGGGAGUAAUACCUGGCAGGCUUUUCCUUACGGGUAUGGACCGUUUUCAGACGGGUUAUUCUCGCAAUCAAACUUUGGCAUUGUUACCAAGAUGGGUAUGACACUAAUGCCGAACCCGGGAGGGCACGAGAGCUUUAUGUAUACAUUCCCGAGAGAAGAAGAUCUCACGCAACUUAUCGAAAUAAUCCGGCCCCUCCGCAUCUCCAUGAUCCUAGAGAACGUAGCUCAGCUACGGCAUGUAACCCAAACUAUAGCGGGCCGCGGCCACCCUCGCAGCAAAUUUUGGACCGGCGACGGCCUAAUUCCGCCAGAGGUGAUCCACAAGGCCGCGGCAGAGUCACUCCUGGGUGACUGCACGUGGAUCUACUACGGCAUGAGCUACGGGCCAGAGCCGAUCCGGCGGUACAAAUUGGACAUUGUCGAUAAGGCAUUCAUGAAUGUGCCGGGCUGCAGAAAGGUCGACCCGGGGACAUUGCCGGCUGAGGAGUACUUCUGGGCGAGGGACCGUGUCGCGGCCGGAGUCCCCGACAUCCAAGAACUAGCCUGGGUGAACUGGGUCCCGAACGGCGCGCACAUAGCCUUCAGCCCGAUCGCGCCGAUCCGCGGCGCCGACGCGACGGCGCUGUACGAGCUCGCGCGGGCGCGCCACGCCCAGUUCGGCAUCGACCUGUUCCCGGCCUUCAUCGUCGGGCUGCGCGAGAUGCACCUGAUCGUCGAGCUGGUGUACGACCGGGGGUCGGCGGCGUCGCGCGCCGCCGCGCUGGCCUGCCUGCGCGCCAUGGUCGACGACGCCGCCGCGCUGGGCUACGGCGAGUACAGGACGCACCUCGCGCUCAUGGACCAGGUCGCCGGCACGUACGGCUGGGGCGGGGGCGCGCUGGGGAGGUUCAAUGAGAAGGUUAAGGACUGCCUUGAUCCGAAUGGGAUAUUGGCGCCAGGGAGGUGUGGGAUCUGGCCGGCGAGGUAUCGCGGGAGGGGGUGGGAGAUGACUGGGGCAGAGGGCGAGACGAGUGAGGGAAAUGGUGUUGGUAGUGUCGGGCAUGAUGCGUCUGGGGGAAAGAGUUGA